GAGAGUCAAGUGCAUCUAGGGUUGAUCCUGCAAACAACAGUCGUCAGCUCAGCCUACUCCACUCUGGAAGGAAGUCUCGCUGUGGCAGUACACCCCUGGAUCUGAGAUGAACAGCUGCUGAUCGUCAAGCCAGCGUUGACUGAAAAGUUCAGGGUGCUUCUCAUCAUUAGUGUAUCACAGAGCAAUCUAAAGUGAAUAAAUCAGUCAUCAUGGAAGAUGGAAACGUGUCCUCUGACUGCUCCAUCAGCAUGUUCAAACACAGAGUCUACCCACCCAUAUACCUAGUCAUCUUCCUCCUCGGCCUCACCUUCAACCUCGUCUCCCUCUGCUUCUUCGUCAGUGUCUGGAGGAGUAAGAAAAGGUUUACCCCCGUCAACCUGUACAUGGUCAACCUGCUGGUGUCAGACUUGAUGCUGGUGUGCUCCUUGCCACUCCGGGCCUUCUACUACUACAUGGAAUCUAGCUGGGUGUUUGGAGACAUCGCCUGUCGCGUCAUGUCCUACAUCUUCUACAUCAACAUGUACGGGAGCAUCUACUUCCUCACGGUGCUGAGUGUGGUUCGUUUUGUGGCAAUCACCCAGCCGUACAGGUAUAUGAGCAUGCAGAAUAGCCGUAAUUCCUGGCUGGUCUGUAUUUUGGUCUGGCUGUUGGUGUCGCUAGCCUCCAUCCCUAUGCUGACUUCAGGGACCGUCAUAGACGCUUAUGGUAGAACCAGGUGCUUGGAGCUUAAUCCAGAAUACAAACUCAUUCACAUCCGCACACUGAUCAUAGCCAACCAUGCCACCUUACUUCUGGGCUUCAUCCUGCCCUUUGCAGUGAUCUCUAUCUGUUACAUAUUUGUGGUGCGUAGCCUGCUGAAGCUGAGAAAGGCUGAAGGAAGGCCGAAAUCCCAAUACAAGAAGUCCAUGUCCCUGGUUGUAAUAGUCCUUAGCAUCUUCCUAGUGUGUUUCCUGCCCUACCACGUCAUGCGGACUGUCUUCCUGGAAGCUGAGAUGCAGGUGAGGGAUAAAGGGUAUGGAGGUUCCUGUAAGUACAUAGAGCGUGUACGCAAAACAGCUGUGCUCACUUUGUGUCUGGCAGCGAUGAACAGCUGCUUGGACCCACUUCUUUAUUUCUUCGUUGGAGAGAACUUUAGGGUUUUCUGUCAGGGUGCUUACAAAGAGACGGAGGCAAAGUCACUGGCUAAAACAGGGGGACAGAUGAAGGGUCUGACAUCAGAGCUACAGGAAGGAACACGUCUGACAUCAGAGCUACAGGAAGGAACACGUCUGACAUCAGAGCUACAGGAAGGAACACGUCCGACAUCAGAGCUACAGGAAGGAACACGUCUGACAUCAGAGCUACAGGAAGGAACACGUCCGACAUCAGAGCUACAGGAAGGAACACGUCUGACAUCAGAGCUACAGGAACUAAACGCUCCAAACAGCUCCAGACCUGAUAGUUAGCCUGGGACAGGUUGGAAGUGAAAUAUGACUAUAUUUGAUGGCUUUGACAAGAAACUCUAGAGAUGGUUAUUUUCUGCUGACAACCCUAGAAGACAAUAUACAGCUAGGUAUAUCAAUACAAAUGAUGUGUCCCAUUG